AUGAGCAGUCAGGCAAUCCCACGAAAGAGGAAGAAGGAAGAUAGUGAUGAUGAAAGCGAGAUCAUAAAGGAUGGCGCCCUGACAUCCGCCGCCGAGAAUUUCUUCGAGGCCUUGUCUGAGGCUGGUAUCUCUCACUGCUUUGUGAAUCUGGGGAGCGACCAUCCCGCCAUGUUGGAAGCAAUGAUCAAAGCGAAACAAGAGAAUAAACCCAACUUUCCGAACAUCAUCACAUGUCCUUCGGAGCUAGUUGCAUUGUCAGCAGCGCUAGGAUAUGCCCAAGCUACAGGAAUGCCACAAUGUGUUAUUGUCCACGUCGAUUGUGGCACUCUUGCUUUGGGCCAAUCGAUACAUAAUGCCUCGGUGAGCAGGGUUCCUGUCUUGUGCUUUGCUGGUUUGAGUCCCUUCACUCAAAAUGGCGAAUUAUUGGGUUCGCGGACAGACGUGUGGGACCCGAAGCUUCAAAUGGAGAAGUUCUGCAAGGCACUGAUCACACUAGAGGUGGAAUUGAUUGCCAAGUCGCUCAUGGGUGCGAAACGGCCGCUUGUAAUCACAAGUUCUCUUGGAAGAAAUCUCAAAACACCCGCGCUAUUGGCCCAGUUGUGUGACAAGCUGCCGAUUACGGUCGUGGAAAUGGUCGGCUCCGAUGUUUGCCUGAGAAGUGAUCAUGAAGGAUAUCGCGGUGUCACUGUCACAACUCAUCCAGAAGUCCUCGAGGCCGACGUCAUUCUUAUUCUUGAUUGUGAUGUACCUUGGAUUCCUACUGCUGGAAGACCUCAAAGUGGCACAAAGAUCUUCCACUUGGAUGUCGAUCCGCUGAAACAGCAAAUGCCAUUAUUUGCAAUCAAUGCAACUCGCAGACUGAGAGUUGGUUGCGGAUAUGCACUUCAGCAAAUCAAUACUUUCCUGGAAAAACAGGAAAUUGAUGCGACACGGUAUACUCAGCAGUUUGCAAAUCGGUCAAAGAACUAUCACUCAUGGAGGAAGACGUUGCACAAUCUGGAAUCACCGACAGAGGAUGGCGGGCCGGGGAGUCUUGUUGCAAGUGGUGCUGGCGGUCUUGGAUGGGGAGGAGGUGCAGCAUUGGGAGUCAAGCUAGGCAAGCCCGGAUCUUUCAUAUGUGGAAUUGUCGGCGACGGGGUGUAUCUGUUCUCGCAAAUGGAAAGCGUUUAUUGGAUCGCCAGGCGCUAUGACAUCCCAUUCCUCAUGAUAGUUCUCAACAACGGCGGAUGGAACGCCCCCAAAGUAUCUGCUCUUCUCGUGCAUAAAAAUGGAUUGUCUUCGAAAUCAAACAGGAGAGACUUGAAUAUCUCCUUUGAUCCUUCGCCCGACUAUCCUGGAAUUGCGACCGCGGCCGGAAAGGCUUGGGGUGCAACAGUCACGACACAAAGCGGGCUCGAGCCUACCAUAAAAGAGGCAACCGAGGUCGUCCAUGGUGGGAAAUGUGCAGUUAUUGAAGUUUUGUUAGUGAGACGAACAUCCUCUGAUUGA